AUGCAGCAGCUAGAUCUAAUGCUCGAAGCAAUGCAAUCACCACGUCGUACCGCAAGUCACACCGCAUCCCAAGUCUCUUCUUCAUGGCCUGCAUCAUCGACCCGGGCUGCGACGCCAGCUGAAUGGGCUUUGCGCGUGACGCCACCCUUGCUACCUCAUUUCCCGGUUCUGGCAGGGCCUGCGGCCACCCCUAGACUGCUACCGUCACGUACGCUGGAGGAAGCGUUAUGGCAGCUUCAAUUGUUGUCUCCGCGCCACGAUACCGUUCCAGCCGGAGGUGCGUUUCUUCAAGCAAGCUGGCAAGAUGGAGCAAGUGACGACUUCAACUACCCGAUGCCGCCGCUACUAGCUCUCUCGGCACGAAUGACGCAGGCGCGAUUCGAAAGCUCUCACGAAGAGCACUUUGGAGACCCCGCGUUUAGCCAGCUGGAAGCAGGGGAGCAAUUUUGGCGCAUGCCUUGCCUCAUGGAGCGUUUGUUCCAAACCCCAGUGGAAGCCCAACGUGCGCUGAACGCAUUUGCGCGUCCCCAUGGCUACGCUAUCGUGUACCAAGGUACUAGCUACGACAAGCGCCGUCAAAAGCGGCUCAUUCGCUACGGUUGA